UUAAGUGUUACUUCAUGAAAAAUACCGAGAAACUGCUAAAACGAACAGUGAAAACUCUGUAAACCGUGACUCUAAUCGUGCCGAUUAAAAUUCAUUACCAUCAGGUAACUAAGUCAUUGUCAAUGACUAUCAUUCAGCAAGUAUAGUAAGUAGUGCUACAGUACACGCAAGUGUGCCAAGUAAUUAAGAGAUAAAGAUAAAAGAGGAGGUUUAGAUAGAAUAGAGGUGGUUAUAGGGGAUCGCUAUAGGAGGGAAGAUGGCCGCCAGUGAUUCUUGCGCGAAGCUACCACGAAGGGUUUGCGGUCCGUUGUGCUCGCGGAAAUGGAACGCUGCGACAUAGAAGUGUCACUGUCAUUAUUAAAGUGAAGUGCGCGCUCGAGGUGGCUCGCACGAGGUGACGUGAAGUGGAUUGCGGACAGUGAAAGACAGCCGAAAUGGCAUCGGACAGGUAGGGCUGAUCCUGCGAUUUGGCAAGGGGCAGCAGGAUUACCUACUGCUUACGAUGUACCGAGUGCAUGAUAGUACACGGACACGGUACAGAAUGGAAUGGGUGGAAAUUAUAGAGCCUCGAACCAAGGAGCAUAUGUAUGCUAAUUUGACAACUGGAGAAUGUGUCUGGGACCCACCACCAGGUGUGCCUGUGAAAAAAACAGAUAAUAAUCAGUGGUGGGAGCUGUUUGAUCAAAAUACUUCACGAUUCUACUAUUACAAUGCAACUUCUCAGAAGACUGUCUGGCAUCGACCAACCGAUUGUGACAUCAUACCAUUAGCAAAGCUACAGACGUUAAAGCAGAAUACAGAACCAGCUGGGGGUUGUAGCGAUGCGCAAAGAGGGAACGAGCCCAGGAAGAAGGAGACUGUCUCAACACAAACUCAGACACCCUCUGUUGGCCGGUCACCGCGUUUCAAUCACCAGGAGAAUCCUAACUUAGCUGCCACGCUGCAAGUUGGCGGAAUAUGCAAGCCACGUUCAUCUGCUAUAGGAGUAGACCUGCAGACAUCACCACCAUCUCCGUCGCCAUCCACUAGACGUCACCAUCACCAUCAUCAUCAUCACCACAGUAAUAGGCACCAUCAUAGGCACCAUGAACAACCAACAACCCGUCGUCAUCAUAAUCAUUCUCAGGAUUCUGGACGGUCCAGUGACAGUUCCGUAUCACACAGUCGCACUUCCUUGGAGUCGACUGGCUACAGAUUACUGGACUCUCCUCAUCGUCAUCAUCAUCGAUCAGCCGCCCAGCCGCAACAACCAGUUCCUUCGCAGCCAUCUCAUCGCCAGCACUCGGGUACCCUGGAGAUCAGGUCUCAUAAGAGUGGUACCCUCGAGAGUGCGAAGAAUCAGAAAUCAUUGCCGUCUACAGAGCCGCCGCCUUUGGGACUCUCACUCUCCACGAGCACUCCUUUGUUUAAGAAGAAGACGUUCGCUGAACCUCAGAGGGAAAUCAGAAUUGGAAACUUGGACAUGGAGAAGAGUAAAAAUGGUCGGGAGAGUAACAGGGGUUCCUAUGGGCCAGAGCCCAGCACCUCACCCUAUAGAGAAUCUAUGCUAGAAUCCAGAGCAUUUAGACAGGAAAUGCCACCCUAUAGACCACCGGAAGUGCAGCUAAGCCACAGUUACAAAGCUCAGGGUGACAAAUAUGGUUCCCUGGUAGAGACAGGUAAUCGCUACCACAGGGAUCGCGAACGGGAGCUACAUCAUAGAGAACGUGUUAAUAGUCUUGACAAAACUAACAGUGCAGCAUUUUAUCCAAGUUCCAUGCACCCACGAAACGCCAAUAAGCAGGAAGGUGCUGGUAGUAUCGGUAGGCUGCACCAUGGAUGCCCAGCGUCGCUUUCCGAAGCAAAUGUUAGAGAAAAAUAUGGCGCCAUGUUAGCUGAGAGGAACGAGCCAGCCAAGAGUCUCGUACGUGGAGUAGCAGUACUUGGUAACGUGUCCAAGCAGAGGAGUCUUGAGGUAUCCGAAAGAGAGCGUGACCGAGAGAGAGAUAGAGAGCGUGAAAGAGAUUACAGAAGAACAACAGCUUGCAACAACUCGUUGGAUUGUCCUCCUCAGCCACUAGCUCGUAGUUACAGCUUUGUGCAACAACAGAAACAGCAGCAAAAGAUUCAACAGCAACAGCAGCAACAGAACAGAAGACGCGACAGGGACGAUGAUUCUAUGCAUGAACGUUACCUGGUGGGUCAGACUCACCCGCAAUCUCAACAACAAGUCAGCAGUAAUACCACCAGCAGCAACAGCAGCAACAGCAGUAGUAACAGUGCUGUUGGCGAUGACCUAGAAAGCAACAUUGAUGGUGAUAACGGGAAAAAACGAAGCAACGGGAAUCCUAGUCCACCGCCAUCUCCCUUUUAUGGAAAUCUUCUAGUGGACGCUGAUCAUCUGCUACCUCUUCAGCAUUACAUCAUUCAGCAGGCGAAGCUCUCCGGUUGUUACAAGUUUGGAGAUCCUUUGUUAGUGGAAGAAGGCGACGAUUCACUGGAUGAGGAAGGCGGCAGAGGUGGUGGAAUUGGAGGCAGAGCUGAUGACGACUCUGACGAUCAGUUCGCUGAUGACGAAGCUGCUAGCAAUCAGGGUGAUUCGUCUAGUCAGGAGUAUCUUGAGGAUCACUAUGCAGACUUGGGGAAUUACGAUACCGCAGGAUUGGCCACAUAUUAUAAUACUGCGGAUACUUUGACGAGACCGCAAGUUACACCUCCGCCCCCGCCUACUAUAGUUUCCCAUACGGAGCCACGAGAAAAUUUGGUUGUGACUAGACCGGUGUCACUUCCUGCUUCAACUGCAGUGUCAGGAACUGGUGCUGGAAUUGGAGUUGAUACUGUGGAUCUAGACGAGGCACGUAGAGAUGACAGUACCGGUGGUGGCGAUAUCGAGAAAUACGCGCAGGAUAACCUCAAUUUGAAUUGUGGUCGUCCUAAGGGACUAAGGUUGCUCUUCCGUAAGAAGUUCAGCGUACGUGAUAUCCUGAGCUGGUCCAAGGAUCCUAUUCCCCAGCCAAUGCUUGUGGUCGUCGAUGGUGAGAAAUUGUUAAAGAGAGAAGCCUGCAAUCUCUUCAGACUAGUCCAAGUUUAUAUGGGUGACCGGAAGGCCAAUGUGGGCAUGACCUUGGAUGGUGUUGCUAUGGAUAUCGUUAAUACUGCUUUCACCAAACCCCCAUUGCGCGAUGAACUCUACGUGCAAAUAUGUCGUCAGACCACUGAGAAUCCCAGGAAGGAGAGUUUGAGACGUGGCUGGGAACUCAUGGCCGUUUGUUUGGCCUUCGUCCCACCUAGUGCUACUUUCGAACCAUAUCUAGAAGGCUAUAUGAAUAGACAUCGAGACCCUAAUUUUCAAUUUCCUGAAGUGGCUAAAUGGCCGAUUCACGUCCAGGUUAGUCAUUACGCAACUGUCGCUUGUCGGCGUCUUCAGCGCAUUGGUGCUCAUGGAAAGCGACAGCCUCGUAAAGCUACCAUCGAGGACAUAGAUCAAGCUAGAAUUCAAAUCUUCCGUGCCUCCAUGUUCGGCGCGACGCUCUCUGAAGUAAUGGCUUUGCAACGUGACCGGUUUCCCCAGAGAGAGCUACCUUGGGUACAGACAACACUAACGCGUCAAGUCCUAGUACGUGGUGGAACAUUGACCGAGGGUAUCUUCCGUGUAUCCGCCGACGCCGACGAAGUCAGCGCCUUGAAAUCUUGCUUGGACAGGUUUGAAGAUGGCGCAAUACUUGCUGCAUCCCAGGAUGCCCACGCUCCAGCUUCACUUCUGAAACUCUGGGUUCGUGAGCUCUACGAACCUUUAAUUCCUGACUCCUUUUACACGGAGUGCGUUUCGAUGCGGCAUGAUGAUGCAGAAGCGUCCGCCGCAAGCGUUGCUGCCCUCGUUGAUCGACUUCCUGAUCUCAACCGUCGGGUACUUUCUCACCUGGUGCGAUUCCUUCAGAUUUUUGCCAGGCCAGAGGUCGUCGCCCGGACCAAGAUGGAUGCCAAUAACUUAGCGAUGGUGAUGGCACCGAAUAUUCUUAGAUGUACCUCUCAGGAUCCAAGAGUCAUCUUGGAAAACGCCCGCAAGGAGAUGGCUUUUGUGCGCACUCUAAUAGAGUCUCUGGAUACCGCUUGGGUGGACGAUCUUCACUGACCAUCCCGUUGUCGCUAGAACGCUCUAGACUAUUAUGCCAAAUCAACCAGUUGUAUAUUCGUCACUAUUACUACUAUUAUUCUUAACUAUCAUCCUUUUCGUUCGUGAUCACCAGACUACUCGAUAAUAGCCCCCCC